GAACGCGUGUUUGAGCCGGAAUUCCGAUGAAAUGGACUGAUCCGUCUGCACUUUCACAUUAAUCUACAUUCGUUGGUGUAUGGGUCACAAUCAGUUUUUUUACUUUGCUUUUUCCCCGGGUGCUUCCCCGGUCCUGUUUGUCUCCCGAUUGUAGGUCGUCGCGCCGGAAGUUAGAAUUCAGAAUUCGGCUGUGCUGCUUCCCUUCGUUCAUGUCUCUUGGAGAAGCAUCAGCUAGAAAGGUCGGUUUCAAAAAGGAGGCAUUUCGUUGUUCUUCGCGUCUGGGAGGUUGAGAGGAGCCCCUGGAGAGCAGAAUAAAGCUGGCACUACAGCCAGUCUUACAGAGUGGCGAGAGAAACGCGCAGUCGAUUGUGGUGUCUCGAACGCGGACGACCACCAUGACCAACUACGACCAUGAUUACGGAGGAUCCCGAGAGGAAGAUUCGUCUCUUUACUGCAUGUCGACUUUUUGACAAGGGCUCCUUUCACCCAACAAGGUCGUUUCUACAUGAUGCAAAUGGAGGACGAUGUGGAUCAAAACUGUCUGGCGCAGAGGAGGGGUGUCAGUAUGAGAUUGCGAAGAGCGCGCCGAGACCGAAGAUGCGCGAGUACGCGAAGAAAGUUUUUAAGAAGUUCGACGGAGAGUCCACAGAUAGCAGCAGCGAGGACAGAGGCAAGAAGGAAAGGAAGAAAGGAAAGAAGAAGAAGUCGAAGCACAAGAAGCGGAAGAGCAGCAGCAGUGACGACAGUAGCAGCGAUUCAAGUGACAGCGAAAGCAGCGAGGACGAAGAAGGCGUUCCCUUUUUCAUGAUGGACGCAACCAUCAGGUCGGCUUUCGAAGAGAGAAGGCGGAAGAGGAGAGAGGCCCGCAAGCUCGCAAAAAAGGAAAAAAAGAAAGAAAAACGGAGGCUCAAGCGAGAGAAGCGUCGUGCCGAAAAAGAGAAGCGGAAGGAAGCGAAGAAGCGAAAGAAGGAACAAAAGCGGAGGCAGAAUGAAGAGUCGUCUGACCAGAGUGAGAGCGAAGGGGAACCUUCAAGGAGGAAGCGGAGACGCUCAUCGAGUUCUUCGUCUGAGGGAAGCGACGCGGAAAACCGUGCUUCUUCUCGAGGCUGCGACGGCGACCAGGAAGAUGCUGAGUCAAGGAAAAAGGCAUUUUCUUCGAGGCGAAAGUCCGAACAGAGCGAUGAUGGCGGCCAGUCUUUGAGAUUGAAGAAGCACAAGUCGAGCAGGUGA